AUGAGUUCCGUUGUCCCGGUCUCCCCUCUACGCCUUCCCCAAUCAUUCAACUUCGCCCGUGAUGUCGUCGACUACUGGGCGCAGAAGGAUCCUUCUCAGGUAGCGCUCUACUGGACCAAUCAAUCUCUCAGCACGACAAGGAAAUUGACCUACAGCCAUUUCGCACGCCAGUCGCAACGCAUAGCAUGUCUGUUCGCAUCCCUGGGCAUCAAGCAGGGCGAAACGGCCAUCAUAAUUGCCCCCCGGGUUCCUGAGUGGUGGGAGACCGCGACAGCAUGCCUCCGCUCCGGGGUCAUCUUGUGUCCGUGUACGACGCUGUUGGUGGACAAAGACAUCGAGUACCGACUUCAAGUCUCACACGCUACCGCCUUCAUCGGGGACGCCACGUCGGUUGCCAAAUGUCUCAAGGUUCGGGCGACUUGUCCUAACUUGCGCACCAUAAUCCAGAUCGAUGGAACCGCGCCGUCGGGAGUUGUUGACUUCCAUUCAGCGUUGGACAAAAUUCCUGCCGAUGCCAGAUUUUCCGUCCCAAGUUGCCUGGGUCCAAAGUCUCCCGGCAUGAUAUUCUUCACCUCCGGGACUACGGGGCCUCCCAAGAUGGUUCUACACACACAGACAUCGUAUCCCUUGGCGCAUGCCCUGACAGGGAUGCACUGGCUGGAUCUGUCACCGGGAAAGAUCUACUGGAACCUCUCGGAACAAGGCUGGGCGAAAGCUGCAUGGUCAUGGCUGUCCACGUGGAACUGCGGCGCUACAAUUUUCAUUCAUGAUGACAGGUUGGCGUUCCACCCGCGCCGAACCCUUGAGGUGUUGAACAAAUUCCCCAUCACGACCCUGUGCGCGCCACCGACUGUGUACAGACAACUUGUUCUCGACGAGAGCCGGAGGUUUUUCGCCACGGAACAAGGCACGCCAAAAGCUUUGGUGCAUUGUUGUGGCGCAGGCGAGCCUCUGAAUGAGAGCGUGGUCCGCAUCUGGAAGGAGAUGACGGGUGGGAUUGAGAUCUUUGACGGCUACGGACAGACCGAGACGAUCGUCGUCUGCGCGAAUCAGAAAGUCAACAAGGUCAAGCCGGGAAGUAUGGGAAAACCGCUACCCGGCGUGCCCCUGACGAUCAUCGACUCCGAGGGAAAUUCUGUGGCUGCGGGCGCAGAGGGCGAUAUUGCCAUUGCGGUGUCGAAGACGAGGACUGACACCGAUUUCUUUGGGUUUUUCGAGGGGUACAUCGACAAGUCUACGGGGGUGCUCGACACCAAGAUCAAGUCCUACCCCAAUGGCAAGAUGUUUUUUGUUACCGGCGACCGGGCGACGAGAGACGAGGAUGGGUAUUUCUGGUUCGUGGGUCGAGCUGACGAUGUUAUUAACUCGAGCGGAUACAGGAUAGGCCCAUUUGAAGUCGAAUCAACCCUCAAACUCCACCCCGCGGUGGUCGAAUCCGCCGUCGUCUCGUCACCUGACGCCCAGCGCGACGAAGUAGUCAAGGCCUUUGUCGUGCUCACCCAGUCGGCCGCGGCCAAGAUCCGAGGAGCGGCCGCGGCGAGCGACGCACUCGUCAAAGAGUUGCAGGAUUUUUGCAAGCAAAACGCCGCGCCGUACAAGUACCCGCGGCGGAUCGAGUUCGUCGAAGCAAGUUUCUUGCCCAAGACGAUUUCAGGGAAGAUUAAGAGGGCGGAGUUGAAGAAGCUGGAGAGGAGGAGGUAUAUGGAGGGGAAAGAGGCGAAGUUGUAG